AUGACGAGAUCGCGGAGUCGGACCAGACCGUCGCGGGUGCCAGAGCGCUGUGGAUGCGGCUGCCGGCCCGUGCUUCGUUGGUCCGGAACAAAUACCAACCCAGAUAAGUCCUUCUUCGGUUGUCCAAAUUACGAUACUAGGGGCAAAAUAUGGUGUGGAUUUUUUCUCUGGGCUGAUGAUGUAGAAGAAGAGGAACAUGAAGGAAGAGUGGAUGCGACUGUAGUUGACAAUGAACAAGUGAGAGUCAAUUUAGCUUGGAGGAUUGGAAAAUUGGAAGCUGAAGUGAGGACCCAAAAAUGUUUGAUACAAUUGUUAGGUAUAGUGGUGUUGUUCAUUGUAGUUGUUGUAUUGGUUAUGAGUUUAAAGUUCUGA